UUUUCUGCCUCCAACACCUUCUUCCUACAUUAAAUAUCUAUGUUCACAUCACAAACUUCAAAUGUUAUGUCUAUGUUUUUUGUGGUUCUCAUAUAAUCUUUCUUCUACACCAUCAUUAACUAUAUUUGGCUAAACAACUAUAGGACUAUAGGUUCUAAAUCUUUCCUUUCUGGGAAGAGUUGUUAGCAAAUAGCUAAGCUAGCUGUCACUCACUCCCUCUAGAGUCUUGAAAUAUUGUUCCCACUUGAGAAGUUCAAGUUUCAUAAGGAAAGGAAAGGAUAUUAUGAAGAUUCAAUGUGAUGCAUGUGAGAAAGCUCCGGCUACUGUGAUUUGUUGUGCAGAUGAAGCUGCUUUGUGUGCUCAGUGUGAUGUUGAGAUUCAUGCUGCUAACAAGCUUGCUAGCAAGCACCAGAGGCUUCUUCUUGAAAGUCUAUCAAACAAGCUUCCAAAGUGUGAUAUAUGUCAGGAAAAGACAGCUUUCAUAUUUUGUGUUGAAGACAGAGCACUCUUCUGUCAGGAUUGUGAUGAACCAAUUCAUGCACCUGGAAGCAUCUCUGCGAACCACCAGCGCUUCCUUGCUACCGGUAUCAAAGUAGCAGGGAGUUCAAAAUGCACCAAAGAUGAUGAAAAAAGCCACUUGGAGCCACCUAGUAGGAAUGCAUCUAAAAUUUCUGCAAAAAUUCCUCCUCAGCAAGUGCCUAACUUCACUGAAAAAAUUCCUCCUCAGCAAGUGCCUAACUUCACUGAAAAAGUUCCUCCUCAGCAAGUGCCUAACUUCACAUCCUCUUGGGCUGUUGAUGACUUGUUGGAUAUGGAGUUAUCAAGCUUUGAUUCCCCUGAUAAAUAUGCUCAGAAGGACUCUCUGCAGUUUGGAGAGCUAGAAUGGCUUGCAGAUGAUGGUCUUUUUGGUGACCAAUUUUCUCAGGAAGCAUUGGCUGCAGCCGAAGUCCCUCAGCUUCCAGCAACUUAUACCAGCAGCAAUGUUGCUUCCUACCGAACCUCCAAAUCCCCCAUGUCAAACAAAAAGGCUAGGAUUGAAGUCCUACAUUAUGAUGAAGAUGAUGAUGAGUACUUCACUGUGCCUAAUCUUGGCUGAAGCACAUGACCAUGUGCAUGGGACCAGUUUUGGAAAUAUACAUUAUUUUUUUCAAUAGCUCUUAAUUUAAAGAUGUUGUAAAAAAAUAAUUAUUUCCCCAAAAAGUUAUGGCAACAUUUUUCAGUUCA